UGCGGGGUCUUGGGUCCUAUUCCCCGUCUCCCGCCCAGUGCUCCUCCGGGAGCAGAGAAGCGACACAAGGAGUCCAGCUAUCCAUUACCAAGAAUAUAUCUAUUAGUUUUAUACUGGGGAAUUCCUUUAUAUAAAAAUUUAGAAUGAAAGAACCUUUGGAAGGUGAAUGUGAAAAAGCAGUGACACCACAGCAGGGACUUCUGGACAAAAUUAAAGAAGAACCUGACAAUGCUCAAGAGUAUGGAUGUGCCCAACAGCCAAAAACUCAAGAAAGUGAACUGAAAAUUAGUGCUGUGUUUUCAGUUAGUGACAGUCCUCUUGCCCAACAGUUGACUCCAGGCUUUCAGCUUUCUCUCGCACCAUCUCGUCCAAAUAUAUGGGUUCCUUCAGUUCCAGCUGUAGCAAUUCAAGUUUUUUGUUCUGGGUGUAAAAAAAUGCUUUAUAAGGGGCAAACUGCAUAUCAUAAGACAGGAUCUACUCAGCUCUUCUGUUCCACACGAUGCAUCACUGGAUAUUCUUCACCUGUCUGCCUACCACCUCCUCCCAAGAAAACCUGCACAAACUGCUCAAAAGACAUUUUAAAUCCAAAGGAUGUGAUUACAACCCGAUUUGAAAAUUCCUCUCCUAGCAAGGAUUUCUGCAGCCAGUCAUGCUUGUCAUCUUAUGAGCUAAAGAAAAAACCAGUUGUUACCAUAUAUACCAAUAGUGUUUCGACUAAGUGCAGUAUGUGUCAGAAGAAUGCUGAUAUUCGAUUUGAAGUUAAAUAUCAAAAUGUGGUACAUGGUCUUUGCAGUGAUGCCUGUUUUUCAAAAUUUCACUCUACCAACAACCUCACCAUGAACUGUUGUGAGAACUGUGGGAGCUAUUGCUAUAGUAGCUCUGGUCCUUGCCAAUCCCAAAAGGUUUUUAGUUCAACAAGUGUCACGGCAUACAAGCAGAUGGCCAAGUGUGAUGGUUGUAAACGACAGGGUAAGCUAAGUGAGUCCAUAAAGUGGCGAGGCAACGUCAAACAUUUCUGUAACCUGUUUUGUGUCUUGGAGUUUUGUCAUCAGCAAAUUAAGAAUGAACCUCAUUCACAAAAUAAAGUAAAUAUUUCUAAGGUGCAAACUGCUUUGAAGGAGCUUCCUUCUACAAGGACGGAUACGACACCAGUUAUAACCAAUGUGGUGUCACUGGCAAAAAUACCUGCUGCCCAGCCCACAAGGAACACUAACAGUGUUUUAAAAGGUGCAGCUACUAAAGGGGCAGCAAAGAUCAUUGAAGAUCUCCUCUGGUGA